AUGAAAGUCUCACAAGUUUUGAAUUGUAGUUUUUCGUCCUGGUAUCCAAAUUUUAAAGACAUCAGCAUCCCGAGUGUGUACAUACCCUUACCUAAAGAAUUUAUAGAAUAUCUCAAUUCUGAAGGUGUGGCACUACCUGACAGUGCUAUCUAUGACAGUGGUGGGGCAGAUUUUACUGGAGAUGAUGGCCAAGUCCCAGCUUUCCCUGAAUUUGAAGCUCAAAUCCAAGAAAACAUUGAUAAACUUGGUGGAAAAGUUUUUCCCAAAUUAAACUGGAGCUCUCCUCAGGAUGCUACAUGGAUAUCAUUUGAUAAAACAUUGAAAUGUACCUGUCCCUGUGAUCUUUAUUUAUUGUUAAAAAGUUCGGAUUUUAUAGCACAUGAUCUAACUGAACCAUUUAUUCAUUGUGAAGACUGUGGGAAUCAAGAACCUAUCCAAUAUGAACUGGUGUUAAGAAAAUGGAUGGAUAUACAAACUGGAAUGGAAUUUCGUUGUUUUGUUAGAGAUAAAAAUCUUAUAGCUAUUAGCCAACGACAUCACACACAAUUCUACGAGUUUAUAGGUAAAGAUAGUAAAGAUAUAGUAACAGAUAUACAAUCAUUUUAUAAAGAGAAUAUUCAAGGAAAAUUUAAAGAUGACAGCUUUGUUUUUGAUGUGUACAGACAGGACAAGGGUAAAGUCAUAUUAUUAGAUUUCAAUCCAUUUGGUCAUGUGACAGAUUCUCAGCUAUUUAAAUGGAAAGAGUUAACCAGUGAGACAGUACCUGAUAGUAGUGAUGGUCCUACAGAACCAGACCAACCAGCAUUUCGCUAUGUGAAAUCUAAAGAUUCUCUGCAACCCAAUCCGUAUGCUGGUUAUGGUAUGCCUGUAGACUUCCGUGAUCUGGCCUCAGGUCAUGAUCCUGCUAAACUUAUGGAAUUUCUCUCCUUGAAUCCAGACAGUUUUCAAGACUACAACUAUCACCCUGACGAUGAAGAUGAUGAUGGUGUCAUACUGGCAUCUCUGCCCAAACAUUUUGCUUUGGGUUAUAAUCAAGAUGGUUCACUGUUGUACAACCACCAAGCUCUGAGUUAUGAUCAAGAAGGUUCAGUGUUGUACUAUUCUUGGUUGACAAAACAUAAGAUGUUCACUGUUGUACUAUUCUUAGUUGAUGAAAGCAUAAAAUACCACCUGGCUCUAGAUGGUACUCAAGAUGGUUGGACUGUUGUACAACUAUCUAGCUCUGGGUUAUAAUCAAGAUGGUUCACUGUUGUACUGUUCUUAGUUGAUGAAAGCAUAAAGUACCACCUGGCUCUAGAUGGUACUCAAGAUAGUUGGACUGUUGUACAAUUAUCUAGCUCUGGGUUAUAAUCAAGAUGGUUCACUGUUGUACUGUUCUUGGAUGAUUAAAGCAUCAAGUACUACCUAACUUUGGAUUGUGUUGCCAAUGUCUUGUGACAUAUCUUUGGAUAUAUUUCCAUUUUCUUCAAUGGUUAAAAUCAGGAAUAUCUUAAUAUUGUUUUUAUAUUACAAACAUUAAAAAUCAGAACCAAAUGUAUUUUUUAAUAUUUUUUACCAAUAUUUCAUAUUAAAUUUUUAGUAAUUUCCACUGAGCAUUGUCAAAUUUUAUCAUUAAAAUCAUAUGACAAAUAUAUAUAGGCUACUGACAGCCAAAUUUGUAUAAUUUAUACAAUUGGUGUUCUUGUUGAUUUCACCGUAAUAUAUUAUCAAAUAGAACCUCACUGUUUAGUGUAGAAUAGCUCACACUAAUUAAUUUUCACAUAAUUAAUAGACUUAUCUAUUGCUCUGUGACCUAGACCGGUGCUUUCAUUGAGACGAGUCUCAGUACACCCUAACAGUUACCCCAAAGCAAAGACUUAUUAUCUCUAACAGCACUUAUUUACAAAUUCUCUCUGUGAAAUAUUGAGCCCAAAAUUUGUUGUUCACACAUAUGGACACCGGAAUUCUGAAAAUACCAUCUAACAUAUGCUGAAUGCCAACUUAUCCAAAGAUAAAUUUGUCUGUAAUGAAGAAAUGAGAUUUUUGCACUUUGGUCAGCUGAAAUAAAUCAUUAUGACUUAAAGGGAUACUGUUGCGUCUCUUUGGUGCCUGAUAGAGCUUUUCAGACCACUUUUCAGAUUUAAAAUUUUCACAAAAUUGCCUGCUAAGACUGUCAUCAUUUCCAGCAUGUUAAAAUAUAGAUGAAUUAUUCAUUACCUAAUAGACCU